GCUGUAUAGUGGCGGGAGCGGAUUUACGAUUGGAUUUUCUGUCUAACUGAGAAUGAGUGAUGAAGUUGGGGCCUUGGUUUUCGACUUUGGAUCGUAUUCUCUCAGGGGUGGUUUUGCUGGGGAGGACAACCCAAAGGUUUUUUUUACCAUAAAUUAAUAUUAGUUAAGGUUGACAUUCCAGCGACACUUUGCAUUAUUGGGAAUGAAGAAGGUCUGCCACCUAAGAGGAUUGUUGGCCAUAAUAUUUUAGUCCCACGCAAAGGAGCAGAACUUCAGUCAUUUUUGAAAGAUGGAUUAAUUGAUGACUGGGAUGCUUUUGAGGAUGUCAUGAGCUAUAUGUUACACUAUUUAACACCCGAAGAAGCUAGUCAUCACCCUAUACUCUUUUCGGAGCCUUCGUGGAAUACAAAAUCAAAACGAGAAAAAAUCGCCGAGAUUUUGUUUGAAAAGUUCAAAGUCCCAGCAUUUUACAUUGCCAAGAAUGCUGCUCUUACUUGCUUUGCUAAUGGCAGGCAUACAGGAUUGGUUUUAGAUUGUGGUGCUAUUCAUACAUCAGCUGUUCCAGUAUACGAUGGUUUAGUACUAACUCAAGAAGUUGUGCGUUCACCACUUGCUGGUGAUUUUGUAGUACAACAAGCACAGAGGUUACUUCUGGACGAACUUAAGAUGGAAAUCGUUCCGUAUUAUCGGGUGGCAUCCAAGGAGCCUGUAAAUGAGCGUGAACCAGCGAAAUGGAAAGAGCGACCGAAUCUACCACCUGUUUCUUCAUCAUACGAAAACUAUAUGUUAAAAUGUCUCAUGCAAGAUUUUGUGGCAUCAGUUUUACAAGUUUCUGAAGAUCGAUAUGAUCAGAGUCAAGCAGACACUUUUCCAAUGGUUGGCUAUGAAUUUCCGAAUGGAUUCAAUUUUGAAUUAGGUCAUGAACGUUUUCAACUUCCUGAGGCUUUAUUCGAUCCAUCCAUACUAUUAGAAUCUGGCGGUAGUUCAAUGUUGUCAAUGAGUCAUAUUGUUGCCAGUAGUAUUAGUCUAUGUGACAUUGAUAUUCGACCGAGUUUAUAUAGUAAUGUUAUUGUUGUCGGUGGAAAUAGUUUGAUCACUGGAUUCACAGAUCGUUUACAAAGAGAUUUAAAUAUUAAAACACCACCAAGUAUGCGAUUAAAAGUCAACUUUCCUAGUACUGCAGCUGAACGACGUUAUUCCAGUUGGAUUGGUGGUUCUAUUCUAGGCUCUUUGGGUACAUUCCAACAGAUGUGGAUAUCAAGUCAAGAGUAUAGUGAAUUAGGCAAAGGCUGUGUGGAUAAAAAAUGUGCAUAAAACUGUAGACAUAUAUAUUUUAAACACGCGUAACUGUAGGAUGUUUUCUUCCAAGGACAAUGUGUAUUAUAUUUUUUAUUCUUUGUUUGAUCUUUCGCUUUUACCCCCUCUCCCCUCCCUCCGGUUUUCUUUCUUCUUCACGGUAUAAUCAUCUUAUUGUGUAUAAAUAAUAAACGGUGUCAUUUGCAUUUUUAUUAUUCCGUGUUGUGUCUUAAACACCUAAUAAUAUAAUAUAAUAUACAUGCAUUUAUUGUGCUUAUCUAAUCUAUCGUGUUCCGUAUUGUGUUUUCCUUGAAUUACAUAGUUAUUCACAAGGAUAAUAAUAUACCUUGAGGUAUGCUUUUCAGUAAUAUGUAUCUUGGAAAAUGGGGAACUUUGAUAUGUUUCGAUGAUUAAUACAUCUAAAAUGCUUUAAAAUGAAAUUUCAAAUCAUCGUGUAGAGCAAUCAUUUGUUUGGGAAUUCCUUCAUUGGGUG